UGAAGUGGUUCGUUUUUCAGUUCAGCCUUUUAUUUAUUUUCCUUCCCCACAACUUUUGCCAAGAAGAAAUAGAAAACCCUGAAGAAAAAAUGAUAUACAGUACUUCUGUGAUGAGUAUGGUGAAACUUAUAGAAAUGGAAGAAUCGUUAAAAGCUAGCUUGCAAGUAUACGUUCAAGAGAUGCAAUCAAAGUUGGAUAUGAUUAAACUAUUUCAAGAGUCAUUAAAAAGGGAAACGCUGACCUCGCUGCACGAUAAGGAAGAGUAUAUGGCCAAUCCUUUGAAUGCAUUUCCCUUGCUCCGUCGCCUCAACCAAGAUUGGCCCAAAUGGCUGAGAUAUUUAAAACUGGCAAUAGCUACCAAGAAAAUCAAAGAAAUGGAAGUGCAAUUGCAAUCAGCUCCAAGCGAUGAUGACCUUAGUGUUGCCCUUAAGGGUAUGACUCGAAUUGAAAAAUUUUACAAUCAACAUGCAGCCGACUUAACUAAGGGUUUGCUAAUGGGAAAACAAUUUAACUCCCAUUUGACUGCUCCCGAUUGUUUUGCCCUAGGGGAAUUCUACUACAAUACAACGCAAUAUUCGAGAUGCACCCACUGGUAUCGCAUGGCUUUAAGACUGCACUCCCUUCCCCAAGGCAUGCUAUACGAAAAAGUUUUGGGUUUGAAGCGGAAAAAGAUAUACAAAAAAUACGGCAAGGCACUGCUCAAGGAAUCCGUUGCCUCGGAUAAAGCAAAAGCCACUCCGGCAGAGCAAACUGAAUGGAACAGCUUGGCCAAAGAAGUCGUUAAGGAAGCCAACUACGAUAACGUCAAGCAACUAAUUGAUGAAUACCUAUCAGCAGACGAGAAGAUCUUCCAAGAAGAAGCCGCCAAGCAGAGGCGCAAGCCCUCUAAACUAGAGCGCGGCUGCCGCGGAGAGUGGCCUAAGAAAUCCCCGCCAGAACUAACAUGUCGAUACAACGCGGACACGUCGGAUUUUCUCAAGAUAGCACCACUUAAGAUGGAAUUUUUAAGUAUGCAACCCUUGGUAGUUCAGUACCAUGACGUGCUCUACGAAAGCGAGUUCAAGUCGUUGCGAGACGUAGCCAUAUAUAAUGCCACCAUGACUGAUGGCUGGACCUAUGUGGACUUUGACAAAAAAGGAAAGCCAAAGCCGCAGGACCGAGUGGUAAAAAUGAUGACCUUUCAGGGCACUGUCGCCCCUUUUACACUCAGUAUUAAUCGACGGAUCGCAGACAUGAGUGGUCUGAAUAUGCGAGAGAAUAUGGGUCUGUAUCUGACCAACUACGGCCUGGGUGGUCAUUUCGGUAAGCAUGUGGACUAUGUGGAGUUGGCCAAAAGACCACCAGACUUUUUUUCUGACCUCGGGGGCGAUAGAAUAGCUACGGCGUUGCUCUAUGCAACUGAUGUUCCUUUGGGCGGAACCACUGUUUUCACCAAACUAAAGCUAUACAUAGAACCAAAAAAGGGCAACGCACUGAUCUGGUUUAAUUUGAAUAAUGCGGGAGAUCCUGAUCCGCUGACAGAACAUUCCGUUUGCCCCGUCGUCAUGGGAUCGAGAUGGACAAUAUCCAAAUGGAUUCACGAGCGUCAGCAAGUAUUCAAGAAACCCUGCCUCGCCUAAUUUGCGAAUGUAAAAUUCUAUUAAAGCCUCCAUUAGCAAGGCAUGCAAAUAAAUGGGGAGGAAUCUCCCAUUGGCGCACUUUGCUUCUUCA